GCUUCCAUUAUCACUAAAACAAAACCACCAUUUUUGAUGGUCUAAAUCGCCAUGGCCGUCGAUCUCAUCAUGGGUUUCACAACCACCACCGCCUCCGCCGAAAAUAACGUCGUCCAAGAAGCUGCUUCCGGCCUCGAAAGCGUCCAAAAGCUUAUCCGUCUUCUUUCUCAAUCGCAGUCUCAACAACAACAGUCGCCGGUCGAUUAUAAAGCCGUCGCCGACGUUGCUGUUACUAAGUUCAAACGAGUUAUAUCUCUGUUGGGUCGACCUAGUCGGGAACUCACUGGCCAUGCCCGAUUCCGACGAGCUCCGGUGAGUAAUGGUCGUUUUCAGGAUCAGAAGAUAAUGAAAGACCACGAACAAGACGAGGUCGUUUCGGAGGAAGGUGAGACUAAGGUUUACUGUCCAACACCUAUACAACAGGUACCUUUUGUUCCGCCGCCACCGCCGCCGGCUCCGGUUACCAGUAAUCAACCGGCGGUGUUUCAAAGGAAGGAUUCUUUGCCUAAAACGAUUAGUUUUUCCUACUCUCAUGCGGCUUCUAGAACCAGCUCGUUUAUGUCGUCGUUGACCGGAGAUUCCGACAGCAAACAGCUGUCGGCCGGUGGUAAACCUCCUUUAUGUUCUUCGUCUUGUUUGAAACGAAAGUGUAGCUCAUCGGAUAAUGGCGCCUCCGGCAAGUGCAGCGGCGGUUCUUCCGGCCGUUGUCACUGUUCCAAAAGAAGAAAGCUGAGGAUGAAGAGGGUAAUUAGGGUUAAAGCAAUCAGCAUGAAACUCGCCGAUAUUCCACCGGACGAUUACUCAUGGAGAAAGUACGGCCAGAAACCCAUUAAAGGAUCUCCACAUCCCAGAGGGUAUUACAAGUGCAGCAGCGUAAGAGGAUGCCCAGCUCGUAAACACGUAGAAAGAGCAUUGGAUGAUCCAACGAUGUUAAUCGUGACCUACGAAGGAGAUCAUAAUCACGCCCUUUCUGUGGCAGAAACUUCUGGGCUCAUCUUAGAAUCAUCGUAAUUUCAUCAAAAAAUCACUCUCUUUUUCCCCCUAAUUAGCUUCAAAAACAAAGAUCGGAGAUCGUAAUUACUUUGAAUUUGCUUCAAUUCCCAUGGAAAUCUAAAGGGUACAAGACUUUGGAAUCAAAUUCCAUAUCUUGGGUUUAAAAUUCUAUUCGAUUCUAUUGUGUUCUUAUUGAUUAAUUAAUUUGAUUUUUUUUUUGAAGAUGAUGAUGAAUGGUACUGUUUUGGUCUUCCAUAUGUUGAUAUAAUAUGGAAUUUAGUCAAUUGAUUGUGGUUUAAUUUUG